CAUUGCUUAGGACCAUAUUCGGCAAGAAAAUGGGAUGGUGUGAAAUGCAGAGUAUGUUCCUCUAUCUGGCACGAGAAAUGUUUCAACAACACCAUGAGGGAUUCUUCAUUGGUUUCUGAAGAAAGUGACCCAAGUGAUGAAGUGUCAGAGGAAGAAUAUGUCCCUGAUUCUGUAAGCUCUUCAAGUGAUUCAGACAAACUCUCAGAUAAGAAGCUACCACAACGUGAACAGUUUGAAGUUCAAGAAGAAGAAAUGUCUUUAAAGACUACUGCAAGAACUGAGGAUGCGGAGAACAUCCAGUCGUCUAGUGUAUCUUCUACUGAGAAGAAAAAUUAUUGCUUUGUUUGUGACAAGCCACAAUCUAAACUUGCUCGACACUUCCAAGUUCAUGAGAAGACACAUGCAGAAGUUGCUGAAGUUUUGGCUCUACCAAUAAAUUCGAAAAUGCGUAAACUAAAGUUGGAUCGUUUAAGGAACAAGGGAAACUGUAAACACAACUCUGAGGUUUACAAAAGUGGCAGUGGACUGCUAAAAAUCAAACGCAAACCAAAGAAGAUAUAUGACUUGAACCAGUAUGUGCACUGCACUUAUUGCCAAGGGCUUUAUCUUCGCAAGCACUUCUGGCGACAUGCUCAUAAAUGUAAAGCAAAACCACUGCAAGAUGAACAAGAGAGUGGAAGGGUCUUGACUUUGGCCUCAAUGGUGGACUCAUCCUUGUGUCAACAAAUAUCCCAAAGUGUUUGGAAGCUCUUAUCUGUGAUGAGAGAUGAUGAAGUGGCUACUGCUGUACGAAGUGAUUUUAACAUACUUCAGCUUGCACAGUCAUUUUUUAAUAAACAUGGCCAAGAUCCCACCAAGCACGAAUAUAUUCGUCAGAAGAUACGUGAAGUUGGAAGACUCCUUCUAAUCCUGCGCAAAGAUUAUUCAGUAUACAAUCUUGAAGAAGCAGUCAGGCCUUCAAAUUUCCAUACACUUGUCCAAGCUGUUAAGAAAGUCUCAGGGUUUGAUGAAGAAAAGCAUUCAUUCCAAACGCCAAGCCUUGCUCUGAAGUUAGGGCAUUCGUUGCACAAGAUUUGUGACAUUAUAAACUGUAAAGCUUUGAUGACAGGAGACUGUGAGCUAAAAAAGUCAACCCAAGCUUUCAAAAAACUGUACUCAACUAAGUGGUCUGAACUAGUGUCUCACACAGCUUUAACCACCUUAGAUGACAAGCACUUCAACAAACCAUCCACUCUCCCGUUCACUGAGGAUGUUAAACGUCUUCACCAACAUCUUGAAAAGGUUGGAAAUUCGGCAUCAGAGACCUUGAAAUGCGAUCCAUCACCACAAGCCUAUGGAGAACUUUGUAAAACUACACUGUCAAAAAUAAUUUUGUUCAACCGAAGACGAGGGGGAGAGGUUUCUAAAAUGCACCUGUCUGCCUUUGCUAUGAGGGACACAUCUCCUUUACAUAAAGAUGUUGCACUUGGUCUUUCACAAUUUGAACAAAAACUCUGUGCCCAUUUCAGCCGUGUUGAAAUUAAAGGUAAGAGGGGGCGAAAGGUUGCUGUACUAUUGUCGCCAGACAUGGUGGAAGCCAUCAACAUUCUCAUCAGCAGAAGACAAGAGUGUGGAGUGCCACAGAAAAACCCUUUUCUCUUUGCUCGACCCCACUGUCUCACUCCGUUUCGCUCACAGGACUGUCUGAGGCUUUAUUCAAAUCAGUGUGGUGCUCAAAGACCUGACCUGCUUCGAUCAACACAACUACGCAAGCAUGUUGCAACAUUAUCACAGGUUUUGAAUCUCAAAAACCAUGAACUGGACCAAGUUGCUGACUUUCUGGGACAUGAUAUUCGUGUUCAUAGAGAAUAUUAUAGGCUGCCAGAGGCCACAACCCAACUUGCAAAAAUAUCAAAAUUACUUAUUGCAUUGGACAAAGGGGCACUUUCUGAUCUUCAAGGCAAAACACUGGAGGAGAUAGAAAUUGAAGAUGAGCUUGACCUGACAGACUCUGAUGGAGGUGAAGAAAGUGAGACCGAGGAAUUGACAGAAUGCAGCACAAAUGAAGAACCCAGUGAACCUCCAGGCACCAGAGAUGAAAGCAAGAGAGCCAGAGAGCCUGUUGAUGAUAUUUCAGGUACAUCUAAGGAUGUUGACUCUCCUGGAGAAGGAACAUCUCAAGCAUUUCCUGAUCAAGAAGCCCAAAAGAAGCGCCCUCGAAGGAUUCAAAAGCGUCCCUGGUCUCCAAAAGAAGUUGCUGCAGUGAUGAAGUACUUUAGCAAACACAUCAACACUGGGAAGCUGGCAUCCUUCAUUGAAAUAGAACAGUGUAAAAAGGCUGAAUAUCUCGUCCUUAAAGGCCGAUCUCCACAGAACAUAAGAGACUUUGUUCGAAACAGAGGCAAAGCUAAAAAAAAAUCCUAGAUGUCUCGAUCGUUGAUGUUGAGCAAAAUGUUAAUUAAAGCUCCAUACAAGAAUAUUUGCUGUGCUUUCAAGUUGACAGUUGUAGUUCAAUAACCCUCCCACUAUCUUUAUGGGUGACCCCGCGAGGAAAGUUGACCAUUGAGCAGGAUUGAUGGUUUAUCCCUUGGGUCCACGUGGCAGGGGUGAGGUGGUGCUCACUCCUCACUUCUGCCACAUGGACCCAAGGGAUAAACCAUCAAUCCUGCUCAAUGGUCAACUUUCCUCGCAGGGUCACACCCAUUAGGACAGUGGGAGGGUUAAGCAGUGUUAAACACAAUAUUUAGUUGAUGUUUAGCUAAAUGUUCACCAAAGCUAUAAGGAAGUGAGAGUAUAAUGUGCUUGCCAUUUUUACUUUGUUUUAAGCUGUGAUUUUACGUUUAACAGUCAAAGAAUUUCAUGUUGAACCCUCCUUUUUGUAAAAAAAUAUAGCUCACUUGAGUAAAAUGAUAGACAUUAAUAAAACAGCUCAACCUUGCAA